CGCCAAAAUGGCGGCGCUUGACGUUCUCGCGCGCCAGCUUUGGGAGAAGGGCCCUUUACCGGUCCAAGAUGGCGAUGCUGGCGGAACCACGUCGCAAACAGAAAUGGUCUGUGGAUCCCCGAAAUAGCGUAUGGAGUAAAGAUGAAUCAAAAUUUGGCCAGAAAAUGUUGGAAAAGAUGGGCUGGUCAAAAGGAAAGGGACUUGGGGCUCAGGAACAAGGGAAGACAGAGCACAUCAAAGUCCAAGUGAAGAACAACAAUCUUGGCUUAGGAGCAUCUAUUAACCAUGAGGACAACUGGAUUGCCCAUCAGGACGACUUCAACCAGCUUCUGGCAGACCUGAACAACUGUCAUGGACAGGAUGUUGCAGAGUUGGCCUCUGGGAAACAGAAGAAAACAUUUAAACUUGAGGAGAAAUCCAAGAUCUCUCGGAAACGAGUUCAUUAUGUGAAAUUUGCCAAAGGAAAGGAUCUCUCUUCCCGAAGUGAAGAUGACUUGUCUUGCAUUUUUGGGAAACGCCAGAAGAGCAAGAAAACUCUGGCUGAUGCCAACGUCCCCGACUGUCAGGAGGAGGACCCAAAGGAGAGAAAUGACCCACCUGAGCAAGCUGACACCAGCAAAACUGUGACUAGCACUCUAACUGUGCAGGAGUAUUUUGCUAAGCGCAUGGCAAAACUGAAGAAAGCCCAGAAUGGGGUGGACAUCAUGCCACCUGAUCCACCUCCAGUGGUGGCAGAGGAAUGGGAGGGUUUGGGAUCCCAGUCAAAGAAGAAGAAAAGCCGCAAGUACAGCAGGCCUGAGAAUGAGGGUAGCCGUGAAGAACCAAAGUUGAAAUGUCCCAGAAUGCUUGAUUCAAAUGAAGAAGAAGUGGUUGAGCCAGAUACAGAGCUGCCAAACAAGAAGAAGAAAUCGAAGCACCUGGGCCUGGGGGGCAAUCUUUCCUCCAGUGAAUCCCAGUGUGGCGUCCAGGAGAGAGGGUCAUGUUUCACUGGAACAUCCAGUGUGGAAAACAGUGACUCUGAAGUAGCGAAACCAAAGAAAAAGAACAAGAAAAAGCGCAAAAAGCUCUGCAGAGAUACAGCUGAGGAUGUGGAGGAAGGCAGCAGGAGAAAGAAAAAAAAGAAACACUCCAGUUGACAUGAGUUUUGAGACUUUUGACACUAGUUAGAUUAUCUUUUGGUUGUGCCAGCACAUGAGCUGAGUAUCCAAAUGUAUCCUGAUUCAUGUAAGACUCUUUUGAUGAACUCUCCAGAAUAGUGUUGGAAUGGUUUUUAAGGCAGUGACGGGUCUACUGCACCUUCUCACAGUUGUGAUUGCAGAUCUAGUAUUGUAACCAGAGAAGCAGUAUCAGGAAAGCUAUUAAGGGGCUAGAAACAGUGUUCUGUUUUAUUCAAAACCAUUUCUGUAAAUGAGGUUUUCCAACUGGGCUAAAAAACCUUCCUUUAAUAAUCCCUGCUCCCCUAAUAUCCAGAAAUGGGAGUGGCCAUUUACCUUUACAAGAAAGUUCUUGGUAGCUGUUGGCAGCUAGAAGGCUGAGAUAAGAGGCCCUGCAGGGAGCCAUUUGGCUGAUUUUUUUUCCAGGGCUGUUUUUAGCAUCCCUACUUGUCCCUGUUAAUGGCCAUCCCUCUGCAAAAUAGAGAGGAUUCAAUUUUUGAUUCCAGCAUUCCUCUUUCAAUGUCUUUGCACAAUUGUACACGCCCAUGUGUGUAUUGCAGGCUGGGCAAAAUGGCUCCCCAUCCAAUUGCAGCUUUCUGUUUCCAGUGAUGGGUUGGGGAUCAUGGAAUGAUUUUUUGUGGGGGGUGGGGAGGUAUUUUCUGUUUUGCAUCCAGUCCUGUUUCAAAUACCUGAAACUCCAGCAUUGAUUAAUCUCGAGAAAUUUAAAGAACUCAGCUGCCCUUGAAAUCUCCCUCUCUUUGAGGCAUUUGGCCUUCUAUUGUAUCUUUGGGGUACCAGUUCACAGAUUUCACUGUCUCUUCUAGAAAACAAAACCUAAUUUAUGAGUACCGUAUAUGGUUUUAGCUAUACUGUUUAGGAUGACUUCUUAAAAGUGAGAGACACAACCUAGAUCCUGGCUUUCACACUAGAGCCAUAUUGAGGCAUGUUAUCCUUUUAUUAAAAUAUCAGAUGGAUUUUCAUACUUCCAUGUACAUGAGCAUUCUCCUUCAUACAAAGCCCGAAGUUAGCAAGAUUCUGCUUCCAGGCUGGUUAUAAUGCCAGUCAAGGGCUCUUGAAUGCAAAUUACUUAUAUUCCACUGAAUAAAAUAAGAAUCCCCCCCAUGGGGUUCGUCUUUGCUAUCUACAAAAUGGCAACGUGUGAACAAUUCUAUUUGACCCUGGUUUUAUACCAGGCUGAGACCCUGAUCUGCUUUCCCUGGCAUUCCUCUAAAAAUCCAUUCCAACAUUUUGGGAUGGGAAUGGUUAUCAGAUGAAUAAGUAAAACCAAGUGGCCUGGAGAGGAACCAAUUAUCAUGUAUUAAACAGAAAAACGGGUAAAUUGAUAUUGUUUGUUUAUGGAGAUGUGUUCAGUUCUGCUGGUAUGUAAUUAUUCUAAAGAGCGUGGCACGUUUGAAUGCAGUAAAUAAACUACUCCAGGGGAAACAGUGGUUCCCUCCCUGUUAACACAUGAACAAAAAAAAAAAGUCCUAUGACCUUGAUUUCCAGCUCAAGAUUGGCCAGUUUGGUCAUUUGUAACUUUCUCCCCCCUCCCCCUGUAUGGUCUUCAGAAGAACAAAAUAAAACUUAGGCAAAGAACCUUAAGUGAAAAA